UCUAUACUUUGUAAUAAAACUUUUCGAUGAUCAAUUGAACAAAUUCGUCUGAAUGUUGCCCUAAUUUUAGCUCGAUUAAUUUCUUUUCUAAAUUGUUAUACUCCAAUUGCAUCAAUUUGAGGAUUGAAUUUGAUUAAUUGAUGAUCAAUUGAAGAAUUUUGCUCGAUUGACUUCUCUUAUUGAAUUGCUAAACUCGAGUUACAUCAAUUUAGGGAUCGAAUUUGAUUGAUUUUGAGCUCCAGAAAACUUAAUGGACCUAUUGUGUAAAGUUUAUGGAGGUACCUCUGAUGAAGAAGACAACAAUGGUGGAAUGGAACUUGGAAAACCUGUAUUGCAACCAGCGAAACGAGCCAAAAUCGAGAAUUUUCACCAAGUUAAGAAUCCUUUGCCUCUGUACAAGUCUAAUAAUCCAAGUGCGAAUGUUACAGUGCAAGGUUCACUUCCAGGAAGAUACAUUUCUAAGCGAGAAAGAGCUGCUAUGGCUUCAGCUACAAAAGUUCCAGAACCUAAUACACCGCCUUUGCCUAACACUUCACCAGUUUUAGGGAGCAUUUUGGAUUCAGUUCUGCCACAUAAUAUUUUGUCAGCUUUGAGAGAUCAAACUAAAGUUUAUAGGAACUUGAUCCACACGCCAGAAAGACUCUCUGUGGUUCUUGAAGGACACAAAAGAUCAGUUAAUGCUUUACAGUGGUCUACAACUCAUUCUCACCUUCUAGCAUCUGCUGCAAUGGAUCAAACUGUCUGUAUAUGGAAUGUGUGGAGCAGAGAUCAGAAGAAAGCACGUGUACUUAAUUGUCACCAUGCGGCUGUCAAAGAUGUGAAGUGGUCGCAGUAUGGUUUAUCUGUGCUCUCUUGUGGAUAUGACUGCGCAUCAAGGUUGAUUGAUGUUGAAAGAGGAACAGAAACUCAGGUUUUCAAUGAGGAUCAAGUUGUUGCUGUGGUAGAAUUUCAUCCAGAUAAUUAUAAUCUCUUCCUCUCUGGAGGUUCGAAAGGUCAUCUUAAAAUAUGGGAUAUAAGAGCUGGGAAGGUGGUCCAUCAAUAUGUGCGAAAUCUUGGCCCUAUCCUUGAUGCUGAAUUUACAGUUGAUGGAAAGCGAAUAAUUUCAUCAAGUGAUGUAUCCAAAAGCAAUAUGAGUGAAAAUUCAAUAAUUGUUUGGGAUGUCGCACGGGAAAUCCCUUUAUCUAACCAGGUUUAUGGUGAAGCAUAUACAUGUCCCUCAAUUAAAUGCCAUCCUUCCGAUCCCAGAUUUAUAGCACAAUCAAACGGAAACUACAUAGCAAUUUUCUCUACCAAGCCUCCCUUUGGACUUGACAAGUACAGAAGAUAUGAAGGCCAUAGUGUUUCUGGAUUCCCUAUAAAAUGCAAUUUCAGCUUGGAUGGUGAGAAAGUAAUAUCUGGUUCCUCUGAUGGAUACAUUUAUGUUUACGACUCGAAAUCCUGUGCGCUCAUCAGAAAGAUUAAGGUAUAUGAUGAGGCUUGCGUCGAUGUCGUCUUCCAUCCUGUCAUGUCUAAUGUUGUUGCUUCAUGUAGUUGGAGUGGACAAGUUUCAGUUGCAGUGACAUAAAAUUUUAAAAGACUUUAUGAAGGGAAUU